AGCGUUCUCAGUGACCACUAGGUCCAUGCUCGAACUCAAUGGCACCUAUACGUGACAAGUUCACUAUCCACUCGAAAGCAACCGUUUGUCAGGAUGUGGACCUCAAAGGAGACAUAACAAUCGGACCUGGUACCAUCGUUCAUCCCAAAGCGACCAUAUUCGCUAUUGCGGGACCCAUUGUAAUCGGCGCAGGAUGUAUCGUUGAAGAGGCCGCUAUCAUUGUCAACAGGCGGAAGGAGGUCAUGAGGAUAGGCGAUAAUAACCUGUUCGAAAUUGGCUGUCGUGUUGAGUGUCCCUCCGUAGGAAACAACAACACCUUCUCUACGCGCUCUCGCAUCCAUCACACCGUCCGCGUCUCCAACUUCUGCUUCAUCGGAGCGGCUUGUCUCGUCGUGCCAACGGAAGACGAAACCCUCGACGAGUAUACUUCGAUAUACGGCCCGGCUGCUGACAGGAGGGUCUGGAGCGGGAAUGGAAAGGUACAAGAGGCGGAUCUUCGACACAAACACACCGAGUAUCUUCGUGAGAUGCUCCCAAGGUUCAACAGGCUCAGGAGAGGCGAUGGGACGUGAAGGGCUCUUGGUGGAACAGGGAGAGUGCUAGUGUAUAGACUGUUUAAGUACGUACCACUAAUCUUCCUUCUUUCGUUGCAGUUGGUGCAGUAGAAGCAGUGGUCGUGAGGAACACGCGUCCGUUAGUGCAUGAAUGCGCGUUGCUGGCUGCCCUGCGCAGGGAUUGAUGCCAUACUAUGUCAAC